AUGGUUGAUAUAAGUGCUAGUCUGAUCGAUGCCAUUGGGUUUCCCACAUGUGCUCUAAGUCCAGAAGAGACAGUACGUAAGAAGACCUCGAAGAAGCUGACCGAGUGGGAUGUCUCGAUACUGAACCCUAAGAACCGCAUCGAUUGUGCACAGCCAUUUUGUAACUCGAAACUGGGCUGGCGCAUUGACGGGUGCGCAGACCUUGGAACUCGCUUCUUUGUGAUACCGAUCACUCUACUUCCGGAUCUGCCUCCUCUGAGAAUAGACCUGGUCAUUCCAGACCAGAUUGAGCACUCAAACGAACUCCGCGUUGCUUUUGAAUCUAGUAUUUCGGCUACUCUUACAGACUCUCGAGUCGGAAAGCUAGGAAUUUCACACCACCUUUGUCAUAUUCUCGACCACUGGUCUAGAUCAAAUCCCAACUUCUUAGCGGAAUUUCGCUCACUUCCUUUUGGCUCUCAACUCAUCAUUUCAGAAGUCACAGGCUCGAAGUAUUCUCCUGUACUUGUGAAUCCGGCUCACGAUCUCGAACGCAAUUUGCUAUCCCUCAACGCUCUGGCAGCGCUCUGGAAGAACGAUAUACUUCCUCUGGAUUUCCCUCCCAUACUGGAUCUCCAAGCACUACGGUUAACCAGUCAGAUUCAAGAUACUGUUAGUCUUGUAUACAUUCCAAGCCAAGAUAACAAAACGUUCAUUUUUAAGUCCAAUGUCACAGAACCCGAGUAUCUCUAUCACGAACUCAAGGUCCUGCUUACGCUGGCUCCGCACCCGCACUUAGUAUCCAGGCCUCUUUUCCUGGUAACGAAGCGAUGUGCAUUCGGUGGCAAGAUUGCCGUCUGUGGUUUCAUCCUCCCCUAUUAUCUCGGUGGCCCCCUCAAGGAUGUCCUCCCCUCGCAGAUGGUAAAGGGAAUAUUGAAUCUUCCCACGCAGAUAAAAUGGGCAACUCAGAUCACGGAGGUGUUGCAGCAUAUUUAUGCAUCUAGGAGCUUCUACCCCGAUCUUCGACCGGAGAACAUCGUUCUUCAUCCUUGCCAGACGUCAGGCGCUUGUGAUGAAAGCGGUAGUCUCAACACCGUGCUCAUCGACUUCGAGCAAAGGGGAAACUGGUACGCCUGGUCCGCGCCCGAGGUCCUAUACUAUGAGUACCUCUCCUACAUUCUCUCUGCCCUACCCACCACAAGAACAACACACUAUGCGCUCCUUUUCAAUACCUACUUCCCCUCCGCCAACGCCCCACCGUAUCCCCAGGAAGGAAGUGAUAGAUAUCGCAACCCCAAAGAAGGAUACUGCUAUUCUUGGCUGAGACUUACCCAUCAGCAGAGAGAAGCGGCUACUGUCUUUGCUUUGGGCAAGCUCCUGUGGUGUAUUUUUGAGGGUCAGGGAAGCGUAUGCCGGAAUCUUAGAAAUACGGCUAGAUAUGAGCCGACAAUGGAGUUCCCGGAGUUCAGGACGUCGGUGGAGAAAGUGAGGGAGCUGAUUUGGGAGUGUACGUGGGAUGCUCCAGAGUGGAGAGGGGAGAAGGAGAAGGUUGUGAGAGUUGGUGGGAGGAUUGAGGUGCUGGGAAAGACAGCGCGCGAGGAAGGUGUGUUGCAUGUAGCGCGAGAGUGGUGGAUGAGGGAGUUGAAUGUUAUGGAGGAGUGGCUUGCGAAGCAAGAUAGUGGGGAGAAAAGAUCUCAGAGAUUGACAUUGAGAGAAGUUAGGGAUAGAUUGCUGGAUAUUAAGAAGGAUGUGUGCUGAUAUCGCCGGACUUGUUUUCCUUAGAUAAGUUGCGAGUCGGCCGAUCGAG